AUGGUAAUUCCAUAUACAAGUACUCUUGUAUCUUCGGUUCAAAUAGAACCAAUUAUCACUGAACCUCCUCAGGAAGAUAUUGAAUAUAGUGAAGAAAUAACAAUUCCUUAUACUGAUGAUAUUCUUCAAACCCCUAUUCGUUCAUUAACUGUUGAAGAUUACCUAAAAAAUUUAAUGGAACAAGAUAGGAUACUAACAGAGAAAACGACUCAAUUGAUGGACGCUGAAGUUACCGAGUCUUUACAAGGACGGUUAGAGAAAGCAAUAAUUCUUAAAGAUGAUGUAAAUUUAAUGGAACAAAAUAGAAUAUCAAACAAUGCAUUUGAAAAUAACAAAAUUGAAGUUAUGAAAAUCGAUCAAAGGUGUAAUAAAGAAGUAAUCAUUCCGUGUGCUAGAAAUUUAACAAAGAAAAAUAGCUUCUUAGAUAAUGUAUGGGAUAAUCAAACGGAAAUCACAGGCGUUGAUGAUAAUGAUAAUGGACGCAAAAUGGUAAUUCCAUAUACAAAUACUCUUGUAUCUUCGGUUCAAAUAGAACCAAUUAUCACUGAACCUCCUCAGGACGAUAUUGAAUAUUUACAUGAACGGUUAGAGAAAACGUUAAUUAUUGAGGAUCAUCAUGAAAAUUUGACAGAGGAGCAAAAUAACAUAUUAGACAAUGUGUGUGAUAAUCAAACGGAAAUAACAGAAGUUAGUGAGGAUAAAGAAUAUAACGAAGAAAUAACAAUUCCUUAUAAUGAUAUUCUUCAAACCCCUAUUCGUCCAUUAACUGUUGAAGAUUACCUAAAAAAUUUAACGGAACAACAAGAUAGGAUACUAACAGAGAAAACGACUCAAUUGAUGGACGCUAUUUUAGAAAUUAAAAGGAGAGCAAAGAAUGCAAUCAUGACUAUACCUGUUAAAUAA